UUGUGCUGUGUUUUGAGCUGAUGAAAUUUUUUUGUUGAGCAGAAAAUGAUGGAGAGCUGUUUGAUACUUAUAUUUCUGUGCUAUAUAAUACCACUCAUCACCUCUGACAGCGUGAAUGUGAGGUUGGUUGAUGGUCACAGUCGCUGUGCUGGUCGAGUGGAGGUUCUUCACAGAGGUCAGUGGGGAACAGUGUGUGAUGACUGGUGGGAUUUGGCUGAUGCAGCAGUGGUGUGUAGAGAGCUGAACUGUGGAGAACCUGUAGAUGCUCUGGGUGAUGCUCAUUUUGGACCAGGAUCAGGACCAGUCUGGAUCAAUUAUAUCAUGUGUACUGGAUCAGAGUCCACACUGAAGAACUGUGGAUCAGGAGGAUGGGGUAAAUAUGGCUGUGAUCAUAGUAAAAAUGCUGGAGUCAUCUGCUCAGAAGUAAGACUGGUUGGAGGUUCUCGUUGCUCUGGGAGGUUAGAGAUUCUUCAUAAUCAGACGUGGAUGUCAGUGUGUGAUGCU